UUCCUGUGUUCUGAAUCUUACCGAAUUCUACGACUACUGCCACCACUACUGCCACUACUCGCCGUAUAUAUGUGUUAGCGUUCCGUGUGUUUUUCCUCUUCACGAUGCCACGCCAACUUCCUCCCACCCAUCUUAGAGUCCCGAGUGCUCCCUCCCUCCCUCCUAGAUUCCAGGUCUCCCAGGCUGGCGCUGAGAACGUCGUCAUAAAUCACUACAAUACCGAGAAACUCAUUCCGACCAUUCCCGGCUUUCGAACAAGUGCUGCCUUCCUCACAUCGCUGAGCGCAAACCUCCGAAUAGACCCAGACCUCCCAUCACCACUCCUCACACCCAACAACUUCCGCACCGGCGCAGGAAACACCCAACUCCCACUGCCACCACCCUCACCCCUCGCCUUCCAGCCUCACCACCACGAGACAAUCGCAGCCUCAAACCCGUACCCAUCCCCACCCGCCUCAGCAUCCUCCUCAUCCUCCCUGUCCUCCACCCUCCCACCAUCCAGCAUGUCCCUCACCGACGACGCAACCUCCCCACCCACCUCGAAACCCCCGUCCGACGACCUCCCCGAACUCACCACCUACACCGCGACCACAGACGACGAGAAGAUCUCCGGCCUCCGCCUGAUCGCCGACUCCGUCGCCCAGCAGCGGCAACUCGCGUCCCGCAUGCUCCUCGCCCACCCCUUCAACCUCGCCGCCUACGUCCUCACCCUCGCAAUCCUAACCCAAUACUUCCUCAAGACCCGUGGCGCCGACCCGCUCAUCCUGCUCACCACCGUCGGCGGCCUCACCAUGGCGUGUCUCGCGGCCGUCCGCAUGGCUGUCGGCGGGUACCUCACGCUCGCGGAGGACGUCAAUUGGGAGUGGCUGGGCGAGGACCGCAUGUUGGUGGUGAAGUGGGGAGGGGAGAUUAUCGGCGCGUUGGUGCUGGGCUGGGAGGACAGCAAUGAGGCGGGGAAGAAGAGGGGAGGGGGCCGCAGGAGGAGGGGCAAGGCGGUCGUGAGGGCGUGGACGGUCAAGCUGAAGUAUAGGGGGAAGGGAGUGGGCGAGGGGUUGUUGGAGGAGGCGGUGGCGGUUGCGGGCGAGAGGGGCGCGGAUGGGAUUGUGUUUGAUAGGAGGCAUGCUAAUGCUCAACGCGUUCUCCCUGCUUUCUACAACGGAUUCUUGGACCGACGCGACGAGAGGGCCUCCAAGGCUCUCGAGAAGGUUGCGGAUGAGAAGGGCAACUUCAGACAGCGCAGGUCGUCGCCUACUUGGGGCAGCAGAUAGAUGCUUAGAGAGGUUAGAGGGGGAAGGUUUAGAAAUGUGUGAUACACGGCCGAAUUCCUUUGGUUGCAUGACGUUUCCAACCCUCAAGACAGAAAACACAAAAGAAAUGAACAAUAUCAAUUC